ACUCAGAAUUUGUGCAAAUCCUUUAGCAAACACCUUCUCAUAUGAGGGCAUGAAUGAAGCUGAAGGACUCAUUCCUUGCUUCUCAUAGUCAACAGAGGAAGAGCUCAGGUUGGCUUGAAAGCAGGAAGAGAUUGCCUGUCUUCAAGUCAAAUCCAGCCUCCAAAAUGAUUGAAGUUCUCUUGGUAACCAUAUGCUUAGCAGUUUUUCCUUAUCAAGGGAGCUCUAUAAUCCUGGAAUCUGGGAAUGUUAAUGAUUAUGAAGUCGUGUAUCCACGAAAAGUCACUGCAUUGCCCAAAGGAGCCGUUCAGCCAAAGUAUGAAGACACCAUGCAAUAUGAAUUUAAAGUGAAUGAAGAGCCAGUGGUCCUUCACCUGGAAAAAAAUAAAGGACUUUUUUCAAAAGAUUACAGUGAGACUCAUUAUUCCCCUGAUGGCAGAGAAAUUACAACAUACCCCCCGGUUGAGGAUCACUGCUAUUAUCAUGGACGCAUCCAGAAUGAUGCUGACUCAACUGCAAGCAUCAGUGCAUGCAAUGGUUUGAAAGGACAUUUCAAGCUUCAAGGGGAGACAUACUUUAUUGAACCCUUGAAGCUUCCCGACAGUGAAGCCCAUGCAGUCUACAAAUAUGAAAAUGUAGAAAAAGAGGAUGAGGCCCCCAAAAUGUGUGGGGUAACCGAGACUAAUUGGGAAUCAGAUGAGCCCAUCAAAAAGGUUUCUCAGAUAAUGAUUCCUCCUGAAGAACAAAGAUACAUUGAGCUUGUCAUAGUUGCAGACCACAGAAUGUACACAAAAUAUGACGGUGAUAAAACUGAGAUAAGUUCAAAAAUAUAUGAAACUGCCAAUGAUUUAAAUGAGAUUUACAGACCUUUGAAAAUUCGUGUAGCUCUGAUUGGCCUAGAAAUUUGGUCCAGCGGAGAAUUGAGUAACGUCACAUUAUCAGCAGAUGAUACUUUGGACUCAUUUGGAGAAUGGAGAGAGAGAGAUUUUCUGAAGCGCAAAAGACAUGAUAAUGCUCAGUUACUCACGGGCAUGAUCUUCAAUGAAAAAAUCGAAGGAAGGGCUUACAAAGAGAGCAUGUGCGACUCGAAGCGUUCUGUAGGAAUUGUUCGGGAUCAUAGAACUAGACCUCAUUUGGUUGCAAAUAGAAUGGCCCAUGAGCUGGGUCAUAAUCUGGGCUUUCAUCAUGACGGAGAUUCAUGUACUUGCGGUGCUAACUCAUGCAUUAUGUCUGCAACAGUAAGCAACGAACCUUCCAGUCGGUUCAGCGAUUGUAGUCUUAAUCAAUAUUCGAAUGAAAUUAUUCAUAAUCAUUUUACAUCACGGUGCCUUUACAAUGAACCCUCGAAGACAGAUAUUGUUUCACCUUCAGUUUGUGGCAAUUACUAUCUGGAGGUGGGAGAAGAUUGUGACUGUGGCCCUCCUGCAAAUUGUCAGAAUCCAUGCUGUGAUGCUGCAACGUGUAGACUGACACCAGGGUCACAGUGUGCAGAAGGACUGUGUUGUGAGCAGUGCAGAUUUAGCACAGAAGGAAAACUAUGCCGGGUAGCCAAGGGUGAUUGGAACGAUGAUUACUGCACUGGCCAAUCUGGUGACUGUCCCUGGAAUCUCUUCCAUGCCUAAACAACAAUGGAGAUGGAAUGGUCUGCAGCAACGGGGAGUGUGUUGAUCUGAAUAUAGCCUACUAAUCAACCUCUGGCUUCUCUCAGAUUUGAUUUUGGAGAUCCUUCUUCCAGAAGGUUUGGCUUCCUUCUGCAUCCUACUAGUAAAUCACCCUUAGCUUACAGAUGGCAUCCAAAUUCUGUAAUAUUUCUUCUCCAUAUUUAAUUUGUUUACCUAUUGCUGUAACAAAACGUUUUUCCUGUCACAAAGCUCCAUAGGCAUGUACAACACCAAGAGCUUAUUUGCUGUCAAGAAAAAAAAUGGCCAUUUUACCGUUUCCCAAUUCCAGAGCACAUUUAAUGCAACAAGUUCUGCCUUUUGAGCUGGUGUAUUCAAAGUCAAUGUUUCCUCUCCCCAAAAUUCAUGCUGGCUUUCCAAGAUGUAGCUGCUUCUAUCAAUAAACUCACUAUUCUCAUUCUG